AUGACCGCGUACGAGGACCUCCGCGUGGAGUGGAUCCGCCGGUGCGUGUGCAGUGGCUUCCACCUGCCCGGGAGACCCAACAGCUUCGACCGGCUCAUGCAGCGGGACCAGGAGGAGCCGCUGCGCACCGUCAGCACUUUCCUCAACCGAGUGACCGACGAGCCCACGGCCUCAUGUCUGCUGUUCUUCAAGAGUGUUCGGGAAGAGGAGGUGGAGGUCCGGAUUCCCAUCGUUUCAGAGGAGGCUGAGCAGACGGAUCAGGAGGACACUGAUGGUUCGGAGAGCAUGGAGCGCGAGGAGAGUAAGGGUGACCCUGUCCUCAGCUAUAGGACGGAGCUCCAGGUGGUCUACCACCCAGAGUUGCAGCUGGAGCUAGACCACUUCCCCCCAAACUACACUCAGCUUCGAACCUUCUACUUUCUACGCACUACAAAUGAAAUGGUGGUGGAGCCUCAGGAUAUGGAGGAGGCCUUCACAGUGCUGCCCACACUCUUGGACAUGGGCUUGGUGACUGGACCUCCUUUGGUCAUGUUGAGGAACAAGCUCUCACAUGUAUACCUACCAUCUCUGGCCUGGGAGCAGAGAAGAGGUGCUGGGGAGGAGCUGAGCUCAGAGGCCCUGGAUAUGGAGGGCGAGGCAGAGGAGACAGAGGAGUCAGAGCUGAAGACUUCUCUGAGGACACAUGAACAUCUUAUGGAGUGUGAUGAGCUGCUCCACCGCCUCCACAAGCUCUCAGGACUGAUCAACACCAACCUCCAUCAAAUGCAGAUUCAAGAUGAGAUCCGGAAGCUGCACGUGCCUGACCUAGACCUGAAUCAGGACGUGGGGGCGCUCUUGAGUAAUGCUGAACUGCUGGAUGAACUGGAGCAGUGUCUAAUGAACUGGCAAACCCAAAUCACCGUGGUGAUUGAGGAGCAGCAGAGCAAGAAGCCGCAGGCUCCUGGGCCUUUAGCAGAAAUUGUCUUCUGGCAGGAGCGUGCCUCUAUCCUGAGCGCUCUGAGUGAGCAGCUGAAGCAGCCGGCUGUCAGGAGGCUCCUCGACGUAAUGGGGCGCUCCGAGAGUGGGACCAUGCGUACCCUAGAGGCGACCCUGGCCGAGCUACAUAAGUACCGUGUGGAGGCAGAAGAGAACCUCUGCUUUGUGAGCACGCUGGAGAGGCACUUCAUGAACCUGGCCACGGGGAAGAGCCUGGCCCUGGUGCUGGAGACUUUGCCCCCUCUCAUGAGCAGUUUGGGCACCGUGUGGAUCAUCUCCUGUCACUAUAACACCAAUGAGCGUAUGGUGCCCCUGAUGGAGCGGAUUGCCUGGCAGUUGUGUGAGCGUGUGAGCCAGGCUGUGCAUGUUCGCCAGCUCUUCACGCAGAGGAGGGAUGUUGCCAUGGCGUUGGUGUGGGAUGCGAGGCAGGUGCUGGAGCAGUGGAAGCGCUCGUAUUUCGAGAUGCGUGCAGACAUCGAGGAUCAGGGCCGAGUACGACGCUGGGAGUUUGACAGGAAGAAACUGUUUGAGCGCACAGACUACAUAGCCUCUGUGUGUCAUGACUUGUACAACGUCCUGCAGGUUCUACAGGAUUUCUACAACAUCUUUGGUCCGGAGCUGAAGAGUGUUACUGGAGACCCCAAACGCAUUAAUGAGGUGCUGAGACGCGUCCACGGCCUGGUGCUGCCCAUGCAGGAUCUGACCUUUGACCCCUUCAGCAUCUCUAAAAUGAUCAACUGGAAGAUUAUCAUGCAGGAGUUUGACUCAACUGUGGAGGAGAUUGAAGGAGAGGCCAUCCACUUCAUAGACCAGUCCUUCAAGACCCUGCGGUCUUCGGCUGCUGCCUUUGACAUGCUGCUCAAGUUCAAGCACAUACGAACUCGAGAGGCCAUCAACAGCCACCUGCUCCGCAAGUUCACGGACAUCCUGGAACAGUACUGCAAAGAGGUGGACACUAUAAAUGAGAUCUUUGAAUCGAGCAGAGACAAGCCAGAGCUGAUCCAGACAGAGCCCCCAGUGGCAGGGGCCAUUCGCUGGGCUCGCUCCCUCAUGCACCGCAUCCAGAAGACCAUCCUGCCCUUCAUCAAAGAGGGACAAAUGAUGAGCUGUGAGGAAGGCCAGCUGGCCAAAGAGAAGUACACGAAGUUGGCCCUAAAGCUGAAGGAGUACCAGGCACAGAAGUACGAGAACUGGAAGAAGGAGGCUGAAAGCAGGCUGCCUCUGCUACUCAAGAACCCCCUGCUCCUGGCCUACAGUUCAGCCAGACCCAAGGAGGUUUCAGUGGAGGCUGGCAGCAGUCUGCAGAGGUGUAUUCGAUUCUCCGUUAACUUUGCACCAGAGAUCCGACAGAUGGUGGCAGAGACUAAUGACCUGGUGUGUAUGGGCUACUCUGUGCCAGACCUGGCCAGGAACGUGGCUCUGCAGGAGGGCAAAUUCAUCAGAUAUGUGGACGAGCUCCAGCAGUUGGUCAGCAGCUUCCACGCGGUCAUGGACGGCCUGAAUGACACCAUGUUUGUGAUGCUGGACAAACACAUUAAAGCCGUGAGGAAGGAGAUGAGCUUUGGCUGCAAAACCUUCAACUGGAAAUCCCUGGGUAUCCCAGACUUCAUCAGCCGAGGUGUGCAGGCUGUGUCCAAGUUUGAGUCUGUGGUCAGUCAGAUUCUCAAGAAUGAGAAGGACAUUGAAGCCAAGCUGCAGUCUCUGGAGACGGCCAACCUCAUCAGGUUCACAGUGCACAGCAGAUCUCAGGAGCUGCCAGGAGUGAAGCAGUUCUGUGAGCAGAUCAACCAGGAGCGGGCAAAGACAAUGAGCGUGCUGACCAGGAGAUACGCAGACAUUGGGCCUCUCAUUACCAAAAGCGAGCACCUGAUCCUGGAGAGCAGUAGUGGCCGGGCCAAGUGCAUGGCAGAGUACUACAAGGCCUGGGAGCGCCGCGUACUGGACUCGCUCAUCAAAAUGGUGCUCAGGAACAUCCACACCUUCAACACCUCGCUUAUGGGCUCCACUCCUCUGUUUCAAAUCGAUGCUAUCUUGUCUGCCCCUAAAAUAGUGAUUCAGCCUCUACGUAAUGAGAUCUACUGGCUGAUCAUGCAGUGUGUGAGGGACUGUGUGGAGAGCUCCAAGCAUUUUGUGCGCUGGAUGCAUGGGACAUGCCUGGAGUGCCCCCCUCAGCCUGUGGGAGGAGAUGAUGAGAUGUUUACCUUUAACUUCUACAGUGACGUGUGCCAGCAGCCCCAGAUCAAUGACUGUGCCAUGACCGUGUCCCAGAACAUCCAGAGACUGCUCUUCUCCCUGGAGCGCCAGCUCAACCACUGGAAACAUUACCGCCCCCUGUGGGAAAAGAACAAGGUCAUCGUCAAUGAAAAGUUUGCCACACGGAAGCCGAGUGUGGUCAAGUACGACGAGAAACUGCAGUACUUCACCUGCAUGACACAGGAGCUGUCCCAGGAGCCUUUGUUCAUAGAGCACCACAGCAUCUACCUAAACCUGGAGCCUCUGGCCCACACAGCCCUGGAGGCAGCCCAGGCCUGGAUCUCCUCUCUGGGCAGCUUUCUCAACAUGUCAGCCAAGGAGGACCUGUUUAGCCUACGGGACCAGCUUAUGACGCUGUCAGAGAACCUGCACCAGAGCCCAGACUCUUUCGAUGAGCUCAAGUGUGUGCUGGGAACCAUCGCAGACAUCCGCUACUCUGAGCUGUCCCUGCAGGUGGAGAUGAGGCUGCGUGACAUCCAGGAGCGCUACCGCACACUGCGAAUGUACAACAUCCAGGUAUCUGAGGAGGAACAGCAGCUGGAGGCCAGUGUCCCUCUCAUGUGGACAGGACUGUUUGCUGAAGCUCGAUGUGUGGACCGCAGCCUCACCAAAGUCAAGAAGUCUUUCACCGAGAGCACCAAAGAGAAGAUCGAGGUGUUUAAGCAAGAGGUGAUGAUCUUUGCUGAAAGCUUCAACAUGCACGGCCCUGGAGCUGUGGGGGACAACCUGGAGAGAGGUCUGAUGAUCAUGGACAGCUAUGAGGUGGAGCUGGCAAAGAUGGUGUCCCAGCGACAGGAGCUGACCAGUGCGGAGAAGCUGCUGGACCUGCCUGUGACAGUGUACCCGGAGGUGGUGAGCAUGCAGAAGGACAUGCGUGGCCUCAGGAUGAUCUACGACAUCUACAGAGCGCAGAAGGAGGCCAAAGCCCAGUGGUCGCAGACACUGUGGGUGGACCUGAACCUCCAGCUGCUCCAGGAAGGAAUUGAAGACUUCCUGAAGCAGCACCGGCAGCUACCCAAAGACGUACGUGCGCUGCCAGUCUCUUUCUUCCUGGACGCUCGCAUGAAAGAGUUUAAAGAGUCUCUUCCUCUUCUGCUGGAUCUAAAGAACGAAGCUCUAAGGGACAGACACUGGAGGGAGCUGAUGGAGCGCACAGGCACCAGCUUCGAGAUGAACGCUGAAAGCUUCACCCUGGAGAACAUGUUUGCUAUGGAGCUUCACAAAUACCCCGGCGUGAUUGGAGACAUUGUCUCGUCUGCAGUGAAGGAGCUGAGCAUUGAGAAGGGCGUGAAGGAGGUGGUUGAGACCUGGGAGAGCAUGUCCUUCAUAGUGCAGCCCUAUUUUAAAGGCACCAAAGAGCGAGGCACCAUCCUGGGCUCUGUGGAGGAGGUUCUGCUCAGUGUGGACAAUGACACCAUGAACCUCCAGAGCAUGGGAGGCAGCCGCUUUGUGGGGCCCUUCCUCAUCACCAUCCAGCAGUGGGAGAAAAACCUGUCUCUCAUCAGUGAGACCAUUGAGGUGUGGCUGCUGGUACAGAGGAAGUGGAUGUACCUGGAGAGCAUCUUCAUUGGUGGAGACAUCCGCUCACAGCUGCCCGAGGAGGCUAAGAAGUUCGACAACAUUGACAAGAAAUUCAAGGCGAUCAUGAGUGACGUGGUGAAGGAUCCUCACAUAAAGCGCUGCUGCCUGGUGGCAAACAGGCUCGCUGAUUUGCAGAGUCUAAGCGAUGGAAUGGAGAAGUGUCAGAAGAGCCUGAAUGAUUACCUGGACUCCAAACGCAACGCUUUCCCACGCUUUUUCUUCAUUUCAGAUGAUGAGCUGCUCAGCAUCCUGGGCAGCAGUGACCCCACCUGUGUCCAGGAGCACAUGAUCAAGAUGUAUGACAAUAUAGCGUCUCUGCGGUUUGAGGGAGGCGAUGGCAGGGAGUCCAUGGCUGGGGCCAUGGUGUCUGCGGAGGGGGAGGUGAUGGAGCUGAAGCGACCUGUCCCAGUGCAGGGCCGUGUGGAGGAGUGGAUGACCAGAGUGUUGCUGGAGAUGAAGAGGACCAACCGCCUCAUCACCAAAGAGGCCAUCUUCCGCUACUGUGAGGACCGCAGCCGAGUGGACUGGAUGCUGCUGUACCAGGGCAUGGUGGUGCUAGCGGCAAACCAGGUGUGGUGGACGUGGGAGGUGGAGGAUGUGUUCAGAUCGGUGAAGGCUGGAGAGAAGCAUGCCCUAAAGAACUACGCCAAGAAGCUCCACGCACAGAUAGACGAGCUGGUGACACGCAUCACGCAGCCCAUGAAGAAAAACGACCGCCGCAAACUCAACACGGUCCUGAUCAUUGACGUUCACGCGCGCGACAUCGUGGACAGCUUCGUCUUCAACAGUAUCAUGGAUGCUCGGGAGUUUGAAUGGGAAAGUCAGCUCAGGUUCUACUGGCAGCGUGAGCAGGACGACCUGUUUGUGCGCCAAUGCAGCGCGUCCUUCUCCUAUGGAUAUGAAUACAUGGGUCUGAACGGGAGACUGGUCAUCACUCCGCUGACUGACCGCAUCUACCUCACCCUCACUCAGGCCCUGUCCAUGUUCUUGGGUGGAGCUCCAGCAGGACCAGCUGGUACUGGAAAAACCGAGUCCACCAAAGAUCUGGCCAAAGCUCUUGGUCUUCUCUGUGUUGUCACCAACUGUGGAGAAGGCAUGGACUACAUGGCGGUGGGGAAGAUCCUGUCGGGGCUGGCUCAGUGUGGGGCCUGGGGCUGUUUCGAUGAAUUUAACCGGAUUGAUGCUUCAGUGCUGUCCGUCAUCUCCUCUCAGAUCCAGACCAUCCGCAACGCGCUUAUCCUGCACCUGCAGCGCUUUCAGUUUGAGGGCCAGGAAAUCAGCCUGGACAGCCGCAUUGGGAUCUUUAUCACCAUGAACCCAGGGUACGCUGGUCGCACAGAGCUGCCAGAGUCUGUUAAAGCUCUGUUCAGGCCUGUGGUGGUCAUCGUGCCCGACCUGCAGCAGAUCUGUGAGAUCAUGCUCUUCUCUGAGGGCUUCCUCCUGGCCAAGGUCCUGGCUAAGAAGAUGACGGUGCUGUACAAACUGGCCCGGGAGCAGCUGUCUAAGCAGUCACACUAUGACUUUGGCCUGAGGGCUCUGAAGUCUGUGCUGGUUAUGGCCGGGGAGCUCAAGAGAGGCUCCCCACACCUCAAUGAGGACGUGGUUCUGAUGCGUGCCCUGCGGGACAUGAACCUGCCUAAGUUUGUGUUUGAAGAUGUCCCUCUGUUCUUGGGGCUCAUCUCAGACCUGUUCCCUGGUCUGGACUGUCCCCGUGUUCGCUACCCCGACUUCAAUGACGCCGUGGAGAACACCCUACAGGACAACAAAUAUGUGCUCCUGCCAAACCAGGUGGACAAAGUGGUGCAGAUGUAUGAGACCAUGAUGACCAGGCACACCACCAUGGUCGUGGGCCCCACAGGUGGAGGCAAGUCUGUGGUGAUCAGCACGCUGUGCCAGGCACAGAGUAGGCUAGGCCUGCUGACCAAACUCUACCCUCUGAACCCCAAAGCCAUGAGCGUCAUUGAACUGUACGGCACCCUGGACCCAGACACGAGGGACUGGACUGAUGGCAUCCUCUCCAACAUCUUUAGAGAAAUCAACCGGCCCACUGAUAAGAAGGAGCGCAGGUAUAUUCUGUUUGAUGGAGACGUGGACGCGCUCUGGGUAGAGAACAUGAACUCUGUGAUGGAUGACAACAAGCUCCUCACACUGGCCAAUGGAGAGCGCAUCCGUCUCCAGAACCACUGUGCCCUGCUCUUUGAGGUGGGGGAUCUGCAGUACGCCUCUCCUGCCACAGUGUCACGCUGUGGGAUGGUGUUUGUGGACCCCAAAAACCUGCGCUACACACCAUACUGGCAGAAAUGGUUGGAAAACAGACCUCUGAAGGAGCAGGAGACACUGAACCUGCUGUUUGGGAAGUAUGUGCACUGCUGCAUUGACCUGAUCGUAUAUGGGAUCUUGGAUGGCAAACAGAGCAAGAAGCUGAAAACCAUGGUCCCUCAGACAGACCUGAACAUGGUCACACAGCUGUGCCUGAUGCUCGAUGCUCUGUUGGAGGAGGAGGCCCUGGGGCCUGAGGUGUUGGAGGCCUUCUUCCUGGAGGGUCUCUACUGUUCCUUAGGGGCCACUCUGGUGGAGACAGAGAGAGUCACAUUUGAUGAGUUUGUUAAAAAGGUCUCAUGUCUGACUCUGGUCCAAGAGGAGAAGGUUUAUGCUGGACCUGGUCAAAUCCCAGGACACCUACCCACUCUGUAUGAUUUCCAUUUUGAUGGGAAGCAGAUGAAGUGGGUUUCCUGGCGCUCUCUGGUGUCCAAAUAUGUGCACGACUCAGACAUGAAGUUUGCAGACAUCCUCGUGCCCACCAUUGACACGACCCGGACAAGCUGGAUCCUGGAGCAGCAGGUGAAGACUAAGAGACCUGUGCUGCUGGUGGGAGAGUCGGGCACCUCUAAAACAGCCACCAUCCAGAACUUCCUUAAGAAUCUGGAUGACUCUAAGAUCACAAUGACCAUCAACUUCUCAUCCAGAACCACCUCGAUGGACAUCCAGAGGAACCUAGAGGCCAACGUGGAGAAGAGGACCAAGGAGACGUAUGGCCCGCCUAUGGGCAAGAGACUGAUCAUUUUUAUGGAUGACAUGAACAUGCCCAAGGUGGACAGCUAUGGCACGCAGCAGCCCAUUGCUCUGCUUAAACUGCUGCUGGACCGCGGUGGCAUCUAUGACCGUGCCAAAGAGCUUAAUUACAAAUUGCUGAAGGACCUGGGCUUCAUCGCCGCCAUGGGAAAAGCCGGAGGAGGCCGUAACGAAGUGGACCCCCGCUUCAUUAGCCUCUUCAGCGUCUUCAGCAUCCCCUUCCCCGCCAUGGAGUCCUUGCACCUCAUCUACGCGUCCGUGCUCAAAGGACACACUGAGAUGUUUGAGGAGGUGGUGCAGAAAGCCUGUGACACAGUGACCAUGUGCACGCUGGAGCUCUACAACAGCAUCAUCAGAGAGCUCCCUCCCACUCCAUCCAAGUUCCACUACAUCUUCAACCUGAGAGACCUGUCCAGAGUCUACCAUGGGCUGACCAUGACCCACCCCGAAAGGUAUGUGAGCGUGACCAAGUUUGUGCGCGUCUGGAGGAACGAGUGCUUAAGGAUAUUCCAUGACAGACUCAUCAACAAGGCUGAUAAGGCUCUGGUCCAGGGGCACCUGCGCAGCCUGGUGGAGGAGCACUUCCACACAGAGGCUGAGUCCAUCCUGAAGGAGCCCAUCCUUUUCGGGGACUACAUAACAGCCCUGAGCGAGUCCGAGACACGGGUCUAUGACGAUAUCCAGGACUACGAGGCCUCUAAAGCCCUGUUUGAGGAGAUUCUGGAGGAGUACAGUGAGGCCAAGACAAGGAUGAAGCUGGUUCUUUUUGAUGAGGCCCUGGAACAUUUGACUCGGGUUCACCGCAUCCUGCGCAUGGACCGAGGACAUGCCCUGCUGGUGGGGGUGGGGGGCUCGGGGAAGCAGUCCCUCACCAAGCUAGCAGCCUUCACCGCAGGCUGUGAGGUGUUUGAGAUCAUCCUGAGCAGAGGCUAUGGAGAGUCCAACCUCCGUGAUGACCUAAAGAAGCUCUACCUCAAAUUGGGCAUCGACAACAAGAAGUGUGUGUUUUUGUUCACUGAUGCACACGUGGCCGAGGAGGGCUUUCUGGAGCUCAUCAACAACAUGCUGACCUCAGGCGUCGUUCCGGCUCUGUUCCCUGAAGAUGAGAAGGAGACCGUGCUGAACCAGGUAAGGGAGGAGGCUCUGAAGAGUGGAGCAGGCCCCUCUAAAGAGAGCAUAUGGCAGUUCUUUGUCAACAAGAGCGCCAACAACCUGCACAUCGUCCUGGGCAUGUCUCCUGUGGGUGAUACACUGCGGACUCGCUGCCGCAACUUUCCAGGGCUGAUGAACAACACAGUCAUUGACUGGUUCCAGCCGUGGCCCCCACAGGCUCUGCUGGCUGUGGCGCAGUCCUUCCUGGGUCAGAACACCAUGAUCCCAGAGCAGCACUCAGCAGCUGUCAUCUCUCACGUGUGCAUGGUUCAUGACUGUAUCCGAGACUAUAGCACACUGUUCCAACAGAAACUCAGACGCUGCAACUUCGUCACGCCAAAGAACUACCUGGACUUCAUCAACACCUACUCAGCUCUGCUGGAGGAGAAAGACCAGGACAUUCUGGCCCAGUGCAAACGUUUGGAUGGGGGUCUGGAUAAGCUGAAGGAGGCCACGGAGCAGCUGGGGGAGCUGAAUGUGAAGCUGGCUGAGCAGAGGGUGGUCCUGGCUGAAAAGUCUACAGCCUGUGAGGCUCUGCUGGACGAUAUUGCCUCCAACACCACUGGAGCGGAGGAAAAGAAGGUCCUGGCUGAGGAGAAGGCCAAGGAGAUCGAGGGGCAGAACAAGGUGAUCGCGGUGGAGAAACAGGAGGCCGAGAGCUCUUUGGCUGAGGCUCUGCCCGCUCUGGAGGCUGCACGCCAUGCUCUGCAAGACCUGGAAAAGUCUGACGUCACAGAGAUCAGGUCUUUUGCAAAGCCGCCCAAACAGGUGCAGGUUGUGUGUGAAUGCAUCCUGGUGCUUCGUGGGUACAAAGAAAUCAGCUGGCAAUCCGCUAAAGGCAUGAUGUCUGAGGCCAACUUCCUCCGCUCACUCAUGGAGAUGGACUGUGAUGCCAUCAGCAACAGUCAGGUCUCCACUGUUAAAGGCUUUCUAAAAAACCUAAAAACCAGCUUUGAAGAAAUGCAAGCCAUCAGUAAAGCCGGCUCUGGGAUGCUCAAGUUUGUGGAAGCCAUCAUUGGCUAUUGUGACGUGGCCAGAACCAUCAAACCCAAGAGGGAGAAGGUAGCGCGUUUGGAGAAGAACUUUUACCAGAGUAAGCGUGAGCUGGAGCAUAUCCAGAAGGAGCUGAGUGCCAUCCAGACAGAGCUGCAGGCACUCAGGGACAAGUACCAGGCGGCCAUCGAGGAGAAGCAGCUACUGCAGGAGGAGGCAGAGCUCAUGGAGAGGAGGCUCAUUGCAGCAGAUAAGCUCAUCUCUGGCCUCAGCUCAGAGAACCACAGAUGGACACAGGAUCUUGAGCAGCUGAGGCAGAGGCGUGUGCGUCUGUUGGGGGACUGCCUCCUCUCGGCUGCCUUUCUGAGCUACGAGGGGGCUUUCAGCUGGGACUUCCGAGACGAUAUGGUCUACCAGAGAUGGGUGGAGGACAUUCAACAGAGAGGCAUCCCUCUGAGCCAGCCUUUCAAAGUGGAGCUUCUGCUGACCGACGAGGUGGAGAUCAGCCGAUGGGGCUCUGAAGGCCUCCCUCCAGAUGAACUUUCUGUGCAGAAUGGAAUCCUCACCACCCGAGGAAGCCGUUUCCCCAUGUGCAUUGACCCGCAGCAGCAGGCCCUCAACUGGAUCAAGAAGAAGGAGGAGAACAACAACCUGAAGAUCUCCUCUUUCAAUGACCCAGACUUCCUGAAGCACUUGGAGACGGCCAUCAAGUUUGGCUACCCGUUCCUCUUCCAGGAUGUGGAUGAGUACAUUGACCCGGUGAUUGACAAUGUGCUGGAGAAGAAUGUGAAGGGCACUGAAGGCCGGCAAGUCAUCAUGCUUGGGGACAAAGAAGUGGACUAUGACCCCAACUUCAGACUCUACCUCAGCACCAAGCUGGCCAACCCCAAGUACUCCCCGUCCGUGUUCAGCAAAGCCAUGGUCAUCAACUACACUGUGACCCUUAAAGGCCUAGAGGACCAGCUGCUCAGUGUCAUCAUGGCCUAUGAGAAGAAGGAGCUGGAGGAGCAGAGGGAAUUUCUGAUCCAAGAGACCAGCGACAACAAGAAGCUGCUGAAGAACCUGGGAGACUCCCUACUGCGCGAGCUGGCCACCUCCACAGGAAACAUGCUCGACAACACCGAACUAGUGCACACGCUGGAGGAGACCAAGUCCAAAGCCCGAGAGGUGUCAGAAAAGCUGACUCUGGCCCAGAAGACAUCAGUGGACAUAGACGAGUUGAGGGAUGGAUACAGGCCUGCAGCUAAGCGAGGGGCCAUCCUCUUCUUUGUGCUGACCGAGAUGGCUCUGGUCAACAGUAUGUACCAGUACUCUCUGGCCUCAUACCUGGAGGUCUUUGACUACUCCCUCCGCAAGUCCCUGCCUGGUGCAACCCUAUCCGAGAGGCUCAAGAACAUCAUGAACGCCCUGACUUACAAUGUCUACAACUAUGGAUGCACAGGUCUCUUUGAGAAGGACAAGCUGCUGUUCUCCUUUAACAUGACCAUAAAGAUGGAGCAGGCUGAGGAGCGUGCACCUCAGGAGGAGCUGCACUUCUUCAUUAAAGGGAACCUGUCUCUAGAGAAAAGCUGCAGGAAGAAGCCGUGGGAUUGGCUGACGGACCAGAGCUGGGAGGAUGUGGUGAAACUGUCUGAGCUGUUACCAGAACAGUUCAGCAGUCUCCCUGAUAAUGUGGAGACACACUCUGAGGACUGGAGGACCUGGUACGACCUGGAUGCUCCAGAACAGGCGACGUUCCCUGGGAGGUACCAGGAGAGUCUGAGCAUGUUCCAGAGGCUACUCCUUCUGCGCUGCUUCAGGGUGGACAGAGUCUACAGAGCAGUGACCAACUAUGUCACUGUCACUGUGGGCGAGAGAUAUGUGCAGCCUCCCGUCAUUAGCUUUGAUGCCAUCUAUGAGCAGAGCAGCCCCUUCUCUCCCAUCAUCUUCAUCCUGAGUCCAGGCUCUGACCCUGCCACUGACCUUAUGAAGCUGGCCGAGCGCUCGGGCUUUGGGGGAAACAAGUUUAAGUUCCUGGCCAUGGGACAAGGGCAGGAGAAGGUGGCACUGCAGCUGCUGGAGAAAGCUGUGUCUCUAGGGCAGUGGCUCAUGCUGCAGAACUGCCACCUGCUGGUCAAGUGGCUCAAGGACCUGGAGAAGUCCCUGGAGAGGAUCACCAAACCCCACCCCAGCUUCCGCCUGUGGAUCACCACCAACCCCAUUCAAGACUUCCCCAUCGGCAUCCUGCAAAAAUCUCUCAAAGUGGUGACUGAACCCCCCAACGGCCUGAAGCUCAACAUGAGGGCUACGUACUCCAAGAUCUCGCACGAGUCGUUGAGCGCAUGCCCGCACCCCGCCUUCCGCAGCCUGGUCUAUGUGCUGGCCUUCUUUCACGCGGUUGUACAGGAGCGACGCAAGUAUGGGAAAAUCGGCUGGAAUGUGCCCUAUGACUUCAAUGAGUCUGACUUCUUUGUAUGCAUGGAGGUCCUCAACACGUACCUGACCAAGGCCCACAGCCAGGGGGACAGCAGCAUUCCCUGGGAAAGCCUCAAGUAUCUCAUCGGAGAGGUGAUGUACGGAGGUCGGGCCAUAGACAGCUUUGACCGCAGAAUUCUCACUAUUUACAUGAACGAGUAUCUGGGAGACUUCCUCUUCUACUCGUUCCGACGCUUUCACUUCUUCUGCAACAGUGAGGUGGACUACAAGAUCCCCCCCGACGGGCUCAAGAGUGUGUACAUGGAGGAGAUCGAGAGUCUACCUUUAGCCAACACCCCUGAGGUGCUGGGGCUCCAUCCCAAUGCAGAGAUCGGAUACUACACCCAGGCUGCCAAGGACAUGUGGGCCAACCUCAUUGACCUGCAGCCCCAGACAGGUGAGUCCAGCGGCAGCAUCAGUAAAGAUGAGCACAUCAGCCAGGUGGUUCAGGACAUCCAGAGGAAACUGCCCAUGCUCUUUGACCUGGAUGUGAUCCCCAAGAAACUGGGCGCUAAGGUCUCUCCCACCACAGUGGUGCUGCUACAGGAGCUGGAGCGCUUCAACAGGCUGGUGGUCCGCAUGCAGCGCUCCCUGGCUGAGCUGCAGAGGGCCUUGGCAGGAGAAGUGGGCAUGAGCAGUGAGCUGGACGAGAUCGCCCGUGCUCUGUUUAAUGGGCACAUCCCUGCUGUUUGGAAGAGACUGGCUCCAGACACUCUCAAGUCACUGGGCAACUGGAUGGGCCACUUUAGGAGGAGACAUGAGCAGUACCACCACUGGGUGGAGGAGGGUGAGCCUAAGGUCAUGUGGCUGUCUGGACUGCACAUCCCAGAGUCCUACCUGACCGCUCUGGUGCAGACAGCCUGUAGGAGGAACGGCUGGCCCCUAGACCGGUCCACUCUCUACACCCAGGUCACCCAGUACCGCAGUGAGGAUGAAGUGCCCGACCGCCCCUCCCAGGGCUGCUUCCUGUCUGGCCUGUACCUGGAGGGAGCAGACUGGGACAUGGAGCAGGGCUGUUUGGUUCGGAGCAAACCGAAAGUCCUGGUAGUAGAGCUGCCCAUUCUCCGCAUUAUUCCCAUUGAGGCUCGCCGCCUCAGACUGCAGGAGAGCCUGAGGACCCCCGUGUACACCACGUCUCUGCGCAGGAACGCCAUGGGAGAGGGCCUGGUGUUCGAGGCCGACCUGAACACGGCCGACCACCUCUCCCACUGGGUGCUGCAGGGUGUCUGCCUCUACCUCAACACAGACUGAACCCUCCACACACACACAGCCUCAACACAGACCGAACCCUCCACA